GCCGUGUCUCUGCCCACAGUGAUGGUGGCACAGCCGGCAGGAAGGGAUGGAGAAAAGGCUUCCUUUAGGAAUCACAGGGGAGCCCUGUGCCCCUUCGGGACAGCAAAAGCUGGAACCUUGGAGUAGCAAGCUAGGAAGGCAGGGAUCAGAUGUAUCAGAAAGGUCUUGGCAGGGCGGGAGAAAAUCACAAGUCUGAUGGCUUGUCCCACUUCACCGCCUGAUUUAAAUCAGCAACCUUUGGAAAACCCCAGCCAUGCUUUAUGCAAAGCUUAGGUAAGAUUAAUUACUUCACUCAGAGUCCAAUUUAUUUAACAAUUAGGAAAAAAUAGACAGUAACUGAGUUUGCUGUUUUGAAAUGAAGGGCUUGAGUCCUCAGGUCUGCUCCCAGACUAAAUUCUGGGUUUAGAACUUAAUGAUUUCAAAGUCUCAAAACAAGUACUUUACACUGCAGUGCAGAUUUUCUUUAAUCUAUUAUCACAGAGCCAUUACCAUCAUCUCUAUUUGGCCCAGUCUUGGCCAGCAGUGUGUCCAUCUUCAGAACCAUCAGUGAUUGGCUCUGCUGGACAUGGUGGAAGCUUCCAGCAGCUUCUCACAGAAGCCACCCCUGUGGCCCCCCCACUACCAAAAACCAGGCUGUACAGAACCAACACAGUAUUUUCCAUUAUAGUUUUCAGUAGCAACUUUUCUUUCUCAGCCUGAAUGUGUCACACUGGUAACACUGGUCCCAGGAAAUGCCUUGUGAUGCUGUGUUGAAUGUUGUGACACCAUUGGGGAAUCAUCAGUUAAUGUUAUUAAGAAGAAACCUUGUCCUCUGCAGAAAUGGUGCACCCGAACCAUGUGCAUACACUUGAUGCAUAUACCCCAUGGCUUUAGAGCCCUUAGACUCCCACAUCAGCCCUUGCUGCAGUGGGACAGGUGCUGGGACAGUCAUUGAGGCUCCAGACCCACCCCUGAACUUCCGCUCUGCCCAAGGACAGUUCCCAGCCCCACUGGUUUUGUUCUCUAUUCAGUGACUCCCAGUCAACAGCUACAAAGCACUGCCUUGCACAGCGUGUGUAAAUCUCUUUCUUUCACAGUGCUACUGGAGUUCUCUGAGAAACAGCUUGACACAUACAGCACAAUUCCUUGGAGCACAGGAGACGAGCUACUGCUGUACAGAAGCUCUCACUGAGCACACAGUGCUCAUCUGGAGUUACCAAGGCUCUGAUGCAGACUUGCUUUGAGUCAAUGGGGAGAGACAUUUCUGCAGCAGAUGAGGUUUUGGCCUAAAGGAAUAUAAAUAUCUGGAUAUCAUAUUGCUUGAUUAGCUCACUAGAUAAUUUCAUGUGAGACAGCUGAACAAAGUCUUAAAGAGAUCACGAACAUUCUGAAUGCAAAGCUCCCUUUGGUGUAUCAGCUUUUCUUCAGGGGCAUUUAAGGUUUGUGUGGCCCAUUUUAGGGAUCAUUUUUACAUGGCUCUGAUGUACACAGUUUCCUUUGCCUCUCUCUCCAUAUUUACUAUAUUUGCAUUUUUUGUGACAGAAUUUAACAGGUAGACUGGAUUUGAUUUCCUCAUUGUUCAUCUGGUUGCACCCUUUCAGGACAUUAAAAAUCCCCUAGUGUAUUUUCAAGUAUUAAACUGUCUGUUCAAAACAAAGCCAAGAAAAGUAUUUGUUGUGAAAUUCUUAAUGCUCUCUGCUACCUGCAGACAUUAGAGACUUUCCAAUCUUCAAGUUUUCUGGAAGGAAUGCCACAGGAGUGGCUCUUUUACCCCAGACAUAUUUUAUAUGCACAGGUUUCUUUCCUUACCUUCUUUUUCCAGAGCUCAGUGCCCACUAGCUCACAAGAGCCCAGCCUUGUGAAUGUGCAUUGGGGACACACAGUCUAAGUUUUCUGCAAGCCUCCUAUGCCUUUCAUGACCUUUGACAGCCUCUGAUGGUCUCAUCUGCUGGGGAUUGUGUAAUGUGUCCCCAAGGUGUCCAUGCACCUUGGAAACUGUCAGCUAAGUGAAUAAGUCUGGAGGUGAAGAAGACAGGUGAUGUGCCACACUUUUCCUUUGCUUCUGGAGAACUGGAAAGCAAAAGAACUGUUCCAUCAGAUGUGAGUGCUUUAGAGCAGUGAGGAGGCAGCAUUAGCAAAGGACACCAAGUCUUUAAGGAUUCACUGCCACUUUCCUGCCCUGAGUAAUUCCCUGAGAGGGCAAGGAAAGCUGUCAGGGGUCCUCUGAUUUAUGGCUAUUCACUGCGUGUCCCUCCUGCUGGAGCUACUGCAGCUGCACUCCGAAAGACAAUAGCCAGAGAGAGACACACGGAGAAAGGUUCCCGGGAAAGCACAUCACCCUCCUUCCUCCCCCUCCUUUCCAGUGGGAGGUCUGUAUUUUGCUUCUUGGGACAUCAGGUGCAGGCUGCUGCUGCCCAGCACAAGCAAAACCGGAGAGCAAGGGCAGACCGGGGUUUGUAUGUCCCAUGCUCAGGCUUGCUAACAAAGACACUCUGCCAAUUCCAUGCAUUCAGGGGGGUUAAGGCAGAGGAACCCCAAAAGGGCUGCGGUCUAUUGUCUCCAGAUCGUGCUGCCUCUUUAAAAUCAGAAAUGCACGGACAGCUUCAAGGUGCCUCCCACUGAGCAAAGGCUUUAGAUGCAGGCACCGAGGCAGAGGAGCCAUCCUCCCCUGAGCACAGGGCUAACCUAAUGGGAGAGAAAGCAGCGCUCAGCGGAGUCCUUGGGCUACUUCCAGUGAUCCUUUCUCUCCCCCAGUGACAGCAGCACGUGCAGAGGAGAAACCUGGCGACUCUCCACAGGGCACCUGAGACCUCCAAGAAGAUGAGCACAACUGCAGAAGGAGCCAAGUGAGGCUGUUGUCCUAUAACCUUCUGGGGACAAAGACGACGUGACUCACUGCUCAAAAGGAAGCUUUGGGUGAGGUCUCUCGCCUGCCACUCUUGUGCCCUGCCACACUGUGGUAACACAACACCGAGGGCCAGCCAAGCUGCACAUGCCAAAAGAAGACAGACAUGGCCAUGGAGCAAACUGAACAUGACCUAAAUGCUACUGCCCACCUCAACUUUGCUUCAAUCUACAACAUCCAUGAUGGGGAUUUCACCUCUUUGAGAAACUUCUCUUUCCCUUUCAAUUUCACUUACAGUGAUUAUGACCUGCCACUGGACAGUGAAGAUGACAUGACCAAAACCCGCACCUUCUUCACAGCCAAGAUUGUGAUCGGGGUUGCUCUGGCUGGCAUCAUGCUGGUCUGUGGCAUUGGCAACUUCAUCUUCAUUGCUGCUCUCACCCGCUACAAGAAGCUGCGAAACCUCACCAACCUGCUGAUUGCCAACCUGGCCAUCUCAGACUUCAUCGUGGCUAUCGUGUGCUGCCCCUUUGAGAUGGACUACUACGUGGUGCAGCAGCUGUCCUGGGAGCACGGCCAUGUCCUCUGUGCCUCGGUCAACUACCUACGAACUGUCUCCCUCUACGUCUCGACCAAUGCUCUCCUGGCUAUAGCUGUUGACAGGUAUUUGGCCAUUGUUCACCCACUGAAACCACGCAUGAAUUAUCAAACAGCAACCUUCCUCAUUGCCUUGGUCUGGGUCAUCUCCAUACUUGUAGCUAUUCCAUCUGCAUACUUUGCUACUGAAACUGUGUUGUUUAUAGUGAAAAAUCAGAAGAAAUUUUUCUGUGGCCAAAUUUGGCCAGUUGACCAGCAGAUAUACUAUAAAUCAUACUUUCUCUUCAUCUUUGGCAUUGAAUUUGUAGCACCUGUGAUUACAAUGACCUUGUGUUACGCCAGGAUCUCUCAGGAGCUUUGGUUUAAAACUGUCCCAGGAUUUCAGACAAAACAAAUCAGAAAGAAGCUUCAGUGCAGAAGGAAAACUGUUAUGGUACUAAUGUGCAUUCUGAUUGCUUAUGUUCUCUGCUGGGCACCUUUCUAUGGUUUCACAAUUGUCCGGGAUUUCUUCCCCACCCUCUUGGUGAAAGAGAAGCAUUAUCUUACUGCCUUUUACAUAGUCAGGUGCAUCGCCAUGAGUAACAGCAUGAUAAACACCAUGUGUUUCGUAGCCGUCAAAAACAACACCAUGAAGUACUUCAAGAAGAUCAUGCUGCUCAGAUGGAGGUCAACGUAUAAGGGAAGCAAAUCUAGCACAGAUUUGGACCUGAGAACAAGUGCAAUGCCAGUCACAGAGGAAGUAGACUGCAUAAAACUACAAUAAAUUUUCUGAGGUUCUAAUCUCACCUUUCUUGGAGAGGGAGUAAAGAGGAAAUAAUACCUUCUCAGAAGCUUCUUCCUUGUCUGUGGGAAUAUCCACCACUGGUGAGAGCCCUCAAAAAAGAAGCCUACUUUUCAUUCCCACCAGAACUCUACUCACUGGACUGCUGGAUAAUCCUUAAGCUUGAACAGAUGCUGUGCUUCAGUUCAUACAUCUGUCAAUUUGGGAUGUAGACACUAAUUUUAUAGUUGUUUAAUAAGAACAAAGAAGUCUAUAAAUGCAUUAGAGUGAACUACAAUGAUGGAAAAGUUGAGCGCUGACCCUAGCAGUGAUGCUUUUUUGUUUCUUAAGAGAAACCUCUUAACACCUUUGAGCUUAUGACUUGUACCUAUUUGGUAUUAAGCUAUUUGGUGUCCUUUUCUUUCUGCUCAGAAGGAUGCCAAAAAAGCCCAUUUUGCUUCCUGUUAUUCUCUAACCUCUCCGUUUACCCCUCCUAAUGAAGCUUCUUGAAGACCACCAGCUUUCUCUUGUCAUUGGACAAUAUGCACAGCAUGUUUUUAUGAAAGGCACAUGCUCUGAGAGCCAAAAUCUGCUUCACAGUCAAGUGAAAACCUCAAGUCUCUUCCUGUUACACCUUGUUUAAGAAUGCUUUAUCAAUAUUCCACUCUUUAGUUUUAUGGAGAGUGUUACUGUUAUGUAUUUGGAAAUGCCACAGAUACAUAUGAAAAGGACCUACUCCCUCACCUCCAGGCACCCUGUGGCCAGCUUCUGCUGCCUUGAGAUGCUGAGCUCCUCACAGAAUCAAUCACAAAAUUGUAGAACUUGGGAAUAACACCUCCACAUUGUCUAGCCCAUCCCUCUGCACACAUUAGCCAGGAUUGUGUCCAGCUAGGCUUUGACUGACUCCAGGGAAUGCUGACAGUCUCCUUGGAUCACCAGUGUCAGUGUUCCACAGCUCUCACGCAGUGAAAAAGUGUUUUCUUGUGUUCAGAUGGAGUUUCAUGUGUUUUACCUUGCUAGUCAGUGGGAUCCAUAUAAACCUACAGCAUGGUGGUGGGAAAAAUCCAACCAGACAUCUUACCAAGUCUGUGUGCACCUUCACGAUAAAGGAUAAGCAAUGCCAAAACACCAAGGAGAUCCUGAGAUGAUCCAUCCAUCUUUCUGGGAGCAGGACAGGCUUAGGCUUCAGUGAGCCAGCCACUGGUUGAGUUGAGAAGCUUGUUGUUUGCUCAGGCAUGACACAACUCCAGAUGAAUUCUGCUUUUCCUUCCACAGUGCUUCUUUUGCUCUUCCGAUUUAGUGCAACUCCAGUUUGGAUGUUUCUUAACUGAUAAUUGUGGCAAAGCAGGUGACAGUAACAGUAAUAGCUACUCAUUUCAACUACAUAUAUGAUGUCAUGGACUUCUGUGUAUGGAAAUAAAAUCUUUUCUGUUGUGAUGACAAAUGCUUCCUGUUUUAAAGUAUGUGGUUGUGCCUACUUUUGAAGUAAAUUGUUUUGGUAAAUAACUUGUCUAUUUGUGAAUUUAAAGUGAGCAGCAAACCCUGCAAAUAAAACAUGGCCUCAGUAUAAGCA